CAAGCGGGGGGAAUCUGUAGUAUAAUAUUCUAGAGAAUCUUUGUAUUCAGCCAUAUUUUGUCCAGUUUGACAUGCUUUUUGCAUGUUAUUCACAAAGCAUAUAUUGUAAGGGUAAAUAAACAAACUCCUUUAAAUAAUGAUGAGAAAAAUGCUAUGACUUUCUAUGCAGUCAUACAAAAAGUCAAGAACACCCAAGAAUCCAACAGCUUCGAACUAUCUUUUACCAGAAAUAAAUUACUUCUGGUGACUGCAAAUAAUCUCUUUCACUGUUGAAUAUUGGACUUUAAAUAGUUUGUAAAUGACCUUUAACACAUUCCCAAACUGAUGGGUAGCAGCAAUUGCAUCUCUAAGGUCACUGCUGAUAUUUUUCCAUCUUGGCGUUGUUAACACACAUGUGCUUCAGAACAGCAAAAUGUGGAAACGUUUGCUGUGGAAACAGCAACAUUAUAGCAGGGUGCCGAAAUAAAAUAAUGAUGAUGGUCCAUAUUUACUGAGGAGCAGUGAGAAAUCCUUCGGCCAGGUGCAGGCACUUUCUGGAUGUAUUAAACAGUAGUUUUCAACAUGAACAAUUCAACUUGCUGUGAUGGAGCCUCACUUUUCAGUAGCAGUCCUACACAGACAGGAAUAACACAAAGGAAGAGGGAUUUUUCAUCUACAAAUCGUUUUCACCUUCAGAAUGCCACAUCAGCUGCAGCUCCUCUCAUCAUAGGAGGUAUUCAGCAUCAUCUGAGUGUUUGUUCACCCCAAGAGGCCCUGAUCUCCUGGCGAUGGCAGGCCUGACAAAGAGGUGCCAUAGCAACUUUCCGCAGAGGAGAGCCACCUCAUUGCCACGGGGAGCCGGGUGCAGAGUACAACUAGCGCCGGAGGUAUUGACACCAGAGAUAGGUCCAUAUCUGGCAACGGCAGCAGAGGAGCAAGUCCCAGUGGUGGAAAAUCUCACCAUUACUGGAUUGUGUCACUUGGAAAAGGAGGCAAACUGGUCCAGAGAAAAAAUCAGAGCAGCUUCUUCAGGGAAACUGGAAACUCAGGCUGACAAAAGUGUCAAAGCUUUACUAAAGAGAAUAAGGAUUCACCCAGAAGCCCAGAGGAUUCUGGGUAAUUCGCCUAUUGCUGUCGUGAACCUGGAGCGUCUGAACUUCCAGUCUGUUUCGUCAUCAUCUCUGCAGCCUGUGGUGUCUCUGGUUCGAUUGCCUGUUUCUCUAAGCUGUUCUCAGCAGAAUGGGUUCAGUUCAAGUCAGGAAGACAUUUUGGAUGUCAAAGGAGGAACACCCAAGUCUGAAGCAGCAGAGUCAGCUGACGAGUGUCAGGCAGAAGACAUCUCCACAUUUUGGACUGAACCUUACUUUCCUGAAAGUUCCUCGUGUGGAGAACCAGAGCAAGACUCAGGCUUUGACUGUGAAUCCAACCCAGAUCAGCCAUACAUCCUUCUAGACUCUGGAUCUGAUGAUGGGAAAAGCAAUCCAGAAACCUUUUACUUGGAUCCAGAUGCACAGCAGGCCGUGCUGAUCCAAUUGGAACCAGAAGCAGAGGCGAAUCAGGACCUGUACCUGGAGCUAGAGGAUGACCCUGAUAUUAUAUGUGAAGCUGAAGUAUUUGAAAUGGAGCACAAUGAAGAUCGAAGCCCUGAUCUCUGUUGCUUGGCCAAACAGGAGACUGAAUCUGGGGCAAUAACUGAACAGAUGGAAAGUGAAGAUUUUUGUGCUGUUUGUAUGAAUGGAGGAGAUCUACUCUGCUGUGACCGCUGCCCAAAAGUCUACCAUCUGGCUUGCCAUAUCCCUUCUCUCAAUAGCUUCCCAAUAGGUGACUGGGUGUGUACGCUGUGUAGAACUGACAAGGAUCCUGUGGAAAACACACAGUCUUGUGGGGGAGUCAGAGUGCCUUACACACUCUCCGACCAGGACCAGAGGAGGUGUGAGAAGCUGUCUCUUCUGCUGUACUGUCACACACUAAGUGUUCCAUUCCACGAACCUGUCAGUCCACUGGCCCGAAACUACUAUCAGAUCAUCAAGAGGCCCAUUGAUCUGUCAGUAAUACGAAGGAAACUGGACAAAUGCAACACUCUCCAUUACUUCACAGCAGAGCAGUUUGUCGAUGACAUCUUACUGAUGUUCAAGAACUGCGCUACUUUCAAUUAUCCAGACUCAGAGGUGGCCCAGGCCGGCCGAACCCUGGAGGUGUUUUUCCUGAGCAAUCUGAAGGAGAUUUUCCCUGACCAGGCAUUCCCGUCAGCCAGCCAGGACAGGAUGAACAAAGCUCGAAACCGGUGGCUCAGCAGGAAGAGGAGACAUGUCUUUAGUGGAAGAAAAUUCUACCUAUAAACUACUUCUGUUUUUAUUUAGUCUUCUAAUGUAAUUAAGCAAACUUGUACUGGUGUUUUUGUGGUUAAGGUUGCUGGAGAAUAAUAACACAACUAAAGAUGGAAUCAUAUUCACUGUGACCUAUAUGUUUGGACUGAAAUCACAAAUUGAUCAGGUUAUUUAUGCUUUUACAAAAAAUGUACCAAAGUGUCUUCUCUGCUUAACAGGGAUGUCAGUCUAUGUUACAAAUGCACUAUAUUUUUCUACUUUGAGAAAUAAAUUUGUCUUUAGAGCUUUUUCAA